ACGAUCAAACAACUGAAGAACCAGACAUUGAGCUGAGUCUUCAUCACGAACAUAUCCGCAAGAAAAGCCUUCGAAACCACACGAUAAAUCACGGAAACUCGCACCUCGAGAUCGCUCGACUCGAACAUCCAAGGCAACAUUACACUACUCUCCCCGGCCAACAGACAAAGUGUUCUCCAACGCCUUUCGCCGUGCCGGCACUCGCCCUCUCCGUUCGAGUAUCUCUAUCCCUCUCGCCGCCGCCGGAGCCUUCUAUCACCCUACGAAACCCGCUCCAUCGACCCUCUCAGCCCGCAAGAUGCACUCCAAAGUCGUGAUCAUCGGCUCUGGCCCAGCCGGCCACACCGCCGCCAUCUACGCCGCACGCGCCGACCUCAAGCCUGUCCUCUAUGAGGGCUUCAUGGCGCUCGGAAUCGCUGCCGGAGGUCAGCUCACAACCACGGACGAGGUGGAGAACUUUCCCGGUUUCAAAAUGAUCAAGGGAACGACAUUGAUGGACAACAUGCGAGCACAGAGUGAAGAGUGCGGGACGGAGAUUGUCAGCCAGACUGUGGGCAAGGUGGAUCUCUCAUCCAGGCCAUUCAAGUUCUGGUUGAACCCCAUGGGAGAUGAUGACACUUUGAAAGAGGAGACACACACCGCAGACAGCAUAAUCAUCGCAACCGGCGCAAAGGCAAGGCGAUUGGAUCUGCCUGGCGAGGAGAAGUUCUGGGGUAACGGUGUGAGCGCAUGCGCUGUGUGCGAUGGCUCGCUUCCGAUUUUCCGCGAGAAGCCUCUGGUGGUUAUUGGAGGUGGAGACAGCGCUGUCGAGGAGUCGCUGUACCUGACCAAGAAAGCGAGCAAAGUCACCGUGCUCGUCCGAAAAGACUUCCUCCGCGCCAGCAAGACCAACGCGAGGAGACUGGCAAACCACGAGAAGGUGGAGAUCAGGUACAACACGCAGGGUGUGGAGAUCAAGGGCGAGGCGGGCGAUCGCGGUUUGAUGCAGAGCAUGGUCAUCAAGAACAACAAGACUGGCGAGACGGAGGAGAUCCCCGCAAACGGACUGUUCUACGCUGUUGGUCAUGACCCUGCGACACAUCUGUUCAACGGCCAGGUGAAGAUGGAUGAGGAUGGUUACAUCAUCACAACUCCAGGAACGACCGAGACGAACAUCCCGGGUGUAUUUGCUGCGGGUGAUGUUCAGGAUAAGAAGUACAGGCAGGCUGUGACUUCAGCAGGAUCUGGCUGCAUGGCUGCCCUUGAGGCCGAGAAGUUCCUCGCCGAGAACGAAGACGUUCCGGUCGAGAAUGGCGUCGAGGCAGAUAAGGGAGCGAAGAAGGGUGAUAGCAGCGAGGCGCCUGAGUACAGGUCAAACCCAUUGUUGUAGAUUCGCAGGCAUGGCAGGGUGAAGGGCAUACAUAGCUCUGAGUGAAUAUAUCUAGAUCUUCAAUUGGAUACCCCCUUGGCCAG